GUCACAUGUCAACAUGGCUGCUUCUGUCUCCAGCGAACAUUUCGACAAUUUGCAGCUUCUUCUGAAGGCUCCGUCUAAAGAAGCUGUGAGAGAUGUUUGUGUUCAGAGUCACAGAGGUCCGAGCCGCCGGCUGACAGAAACCACAGCAGCUACAUUCAGCAUCGCUCCUGCUCAGGCUGCACAGCUCGUCCAGUCUCUCCACGUUCUGUCCCAUCACGUCCUCUUCCACAACCUCAGCUCUCCGGAGCAGAUCCUCCUCCUCUUCCCCGAAUCUUUCCACUCCAGUCUGAAGAACCUGAUCACCAAGAUCCUGCUGGAGAACAGUCCGACGUGGAAAACAGAAGCUGUCGGUGAUCACAUCUCUCUCCCCCAGCUGAAGGAGUUGGACUGGAGAGUCGACAUGGUGACGGGCUCAGACUCGGUCAGUCGGAUGUCCGUCCCGACCUGCAUGGUUCAGUUUAAGAUGGAGGAUCCGUGUCCGUCGGCGGGCAGCGAGUCGGUUUCCGCGGUGACGGUGGAGCUGGGCAGGGAGUCUCUGGACACCAUACUGGACGGACUGGGACGCAUCCGUGAUCAGCUGUCUGUGGUCGCUGGGAAAUAAGGACAGCUGAUUGGCUCGUUCAUAUGAUGACAUCACAGACUCUUAUUUUAC